AUGAUUGUUACCGAUGCCUCGCCUCAAAAAUACUGGUCAAACCUCUUUUUCUAUGGUCAGGCUGCUCAUAUUUUCGCGGAGCUCGUUGGACCAGUGAUGGGCCCGGCCUUGAUAGAAAACAGUCUGUGGCAGCCUCUGCUGUUGGGACUAGGUCUGUCUUGUUAUACCCUCGGGAGCGGGUUCGGCCCCUUUGCUCGAUCGCUGCUCAGUUCGCUGGUCGAAAAGGACAUGGUCGGAACGUUGUACACCACCCUAUCCAUCAUGGACACGCUGGGCUCCCUGCUCGCGGGCCCUGUCGUUGCAGGCAUCUUUGGCUGGAGCAUGAGGCUCGAUGGCGUCUGGAAAGGCAUGCCUUAUCUCGUGUCGUUUGUGCUGUGUGGUUUGGCGUCUGUGGCCCUCUCCUGCUUGGGCUUUCUGGAUUCGUUGCCGACCGAACACGUCCAAGCGGCCUACAACGAAGAGACUGCACCGUUGCUUGCCUCGGAUAUUCCUCCUAGCGAAUCGCACGAUUAA